AGUAUUCUUCUUGUACCGGAUGUGCUAAUGUUCAAUGUGACCCGCUUUGGAUAACAGUUAUGUUUUAAUAUCGUGGUCGGAGAGUAAUUAAAAGUGCUUAAAAUGUUUCUUACCACCGUGAACUUGGCGAAAGCUAAAUCAAAGACCAUCCUGGUGCAGAUGAUGAGUGCUGCAGGGACAGGAUACUUCUUCAACACAAAGAGAAACCGUCUCCGAGAAAAACUGGUGCUACGCAAACAUGAUCCGUUCGUAAACAAACACGUCCUGUUCUUCGAGAAAAGGAAGAUCAGAUCAAUUUGAUGAUGGACAAAAGUAUAAGGACAAGAUAAACCUGGGAGCUUUGAACAGAUCUUUAUUGUUGUGGAUUACACAAAGUGUCAUCGUUUCUGGUUGGCUGGUGAUUUCUUCUUGGAUCAGUAAAACAAGGCUGCAGCCGACGAUGAAAACCCGACUGAGCUGCAACCGUUUUGAUCACCAAGACACGGGACCCCCCACAGUCAUGGAUCAACAUCAUCUUUCCAUCACUGUCUUUAAAAUAUCUGAACUCUGUAAACAUACUGAAAACAUUCAUAAGAUGUGAUCUUUUUUUGUGGUAAUUCCUUUAAAUAAAUGGUGUUAACGAAACCCUGCA